AUUUCCAUUUUGAUUCACUCAUCAAAAUAUAAAAAAGUUCCUUUCCUUUUUUGUUUUCCCUUCAUUUUCUUCUCUUUCCUCUCUGUAUCUUCAUGAAUCUGUUUCUACAACUUUGACAGUAGCUGAUCAGUUUGCAUUAGCAAUCUUUCUUUGUAUUCAUCGAGCAAAAUGGAGAUACCGGCCUCUUCCACUUUACGUAGUCUCUUUGUUAUUGCGUUGGUACUACUUCUACUGAAUACAUCAGUGGCUGAACCACGAUCUCAGACAGUCAAGCUCACAUGUGGAAUGCAACCCGAGCAUAAUACAACGGCUUUCGUCCCAAAUUUUGUUGGAGUUAUGGAAACUAUAAGCCAACAAAUGAGAACUAGAGGAUAUGGAGUUGCAGUUACGGGUACUGGACCGGAUGCUAACUAUGGACUUGCACAAUGCUAUGGUGAUCUUUCCUUACUCGACUGUACCUUGUGCUACGCUGAAGCGCGAACGAUUCUGCCCCAGUGCUUCCCUUAUAACGGAGGACGAAUUUAUCUUGAUGGCUGCUAUAUGCGAGCGGAGAAUUACACGUUCUAUGACCAGUAUUUAGGUCCAGAGGACAGACAUGUAUGUGGAAACAGGACAACAAAGGGUACAUUGUUCCGACAGAAUGCUAGGCGAGCUGUUCAGCAAGCAGUUGCAAAUGCACCGACUAAUAAUGGAUCCGCGCGUGCUCAAGUGUCAGCGCCCGGUCCUUCCAACGAGACAGCUUAUGUUCUUGCUGAUUGUUGGAAGUCCCUGAGCGCAAACUCCUGCGCAGCGUGUUUGCGAAAUGCAUCUGCCUCGAUGUUGGGAUGCUUACCUUGGUCAGAAGGUAGAGCUCUCUACACUGGAUGCUUCAUGAGGUAUUCCGAUACCAAUUUUCUCAAUUCUAUUUCUACCAUCAGAAACUCGUCAUCAAUAGGAAAAGUUGUCGUCAUUGUAGUCGUUGUUGUUAGCUCGGUGGUCGUUUUGGGAGUAGGUGCUGUCAUUGGUAUUUAUGUCUGGAAGAACAAACAAAUCCAAAAGAAGAGAAAAGGUGCAAAUAAUGCGGAGAAAUUAGUGAAGAUCCUUCACAACAACAGCUUGAACUUCAAGUAUUCCACACUUGACAAAGCCACAGGAUCAUUUGAUGAGGCCAACAAGCUCGGGCAAGGUGGAUUUGGCACGGUUUAUAAGGGUGUUUUGGCAGAUGGGAGAGAGAUCGCGGUCAAAAGGCUGUUCUUCAACAACAAACACAGAGCGGCAGACUUUUAUAACGAGGUUAACAUAAUCAGUAGCGUCGAGCACAAGAAUUUGGUACGGUUAUUGGGAUGCAGCUGCUCAGGACCGGAAAGCCUUCUCGUAUACGAGUUCCUCCCUCACCAGAGUCUUGAUCGCUUCAUCUUUGAUCCUGUCAAAGGUAAAGUUCUGAAUUGGGUGAAAAGAUUCGAGAUAAUCAUAGGGACCGUGGAAGGUCUGGUAUAUCUACACGAGAACACAAAGACUCGAAUAAUUCACAGAGAUAUAAAAGCAAGCAAUAUCCUGUUGGACUCGAGGCUCCGUGCAAAGAUUGCUGAUUUUGGUUUGGCCAGGUCAUUUCAAGAAGACAAGAGUCACAUAAGCACUGCCAUUGCCGGAACAUUAGGAUAUAUGGCCCCGGAGUACUUAGCUCAUGGCCAAUUGACAGAAAAAGCAGAUGUUUACAGCUUCGGAGUUCUUCUACUGGAGAUUGUUACUGGAAGACAAAAUAACAGAAGCAAACACGACGAAUACACAGACAGCUUAGUUUCCAUUGCGUGGGAGCACUUUCAACGCGGGAUAGUGGAAGAACUGUUCGAUCCAAAUCUCAUGUUGAAUAACUACCAUACAAUCAAUGUGAAGAAUGAGGUCGCGAGAGUUUUACAUAUCGGACUUUUGUGCACUCAAGAGAUCCCAACGUUACGACCAUCCAUGUCUAAGGCAUUACAGAUGUUUGUCAAGAAAGAAGAAGAGUUGCCUCCACCAACUAAUCCACCGUUCAUGGAUGAGAAAACCAUGGAACUUCAUGAUCCUUGGGAGAAGUACUCGCUUAAAGAAGGCGAUUCCGCUUCCAUUGCCAACUUAUCUCACAGUUCUUUUUACCCCAGAUGAUAUUCAAGUGCCUCAUAAUCGAGCCGUUAGCUACAACAACAACACCUCAGUCGCAAACAAGUUGAGGUCAGCUAGCGAUAUGAAUCCUCGCUAUUCCAUUUAAGCUCAACUCGUACUCGAGCAGUUAGUUGCUUUGAUAGUUCUGUUGAUGUUUGGAUCAAUACACAAUGUUUUCCAAGGCUAGUAGUCAUUAUUUUGUGGUGAUUUUAGAGAAUCAAAGGCUACAAUUUUGAUGAGUGUGUAAAUACUUGAACUUUUGAACCUCAACACAUAUCUCAUAAAAGUCCAAUGCACAAAGCAUCACGCAUUAGCGGGGUCCAGAGAAGGACAACACCGUAAAGGGUGUGAUGUAGAUCGAUAGCUUACAUAUGUAAGCAUUAGUGGCUGUUUUCACGACGAACUCGUGACCUAUAGGUUACACGGAGAUAACUUCACUAUUCACUGAGAUGCAAUAGUUAUGUCUUAUAUAUACAAGCUUGUCUACAAUUGUUUUUAUU